GGCAACACAUGUGUCAGAUGUAAACAACACUAGUGACGGUGUGAGGCAGUAAAACAUUGCUGAUACUUAGCUAUUUUAUGCUCUAUGCACGAAUGGGGAGCAACUAGAUUGGGAGGAUGCUUAUAUCGAAUCUGACUUGUGCGCAGUGGUCAAGAGGAGGUUUUGGAGGGGGAGCAGAUAGACUGUGACACUGGCUUUAGCAGAUUUGUUUGCUAUACAUACAUAGCCAUGAGCUUCAGUGAAAGCAAAGCGUUAAUUGAAGAAGGGGACACUGUUAUAUUAUACAUUGGUGUCUCACAAAUCUAUGCCCUGGAGGUGAAACCUAAAAUAACCAACAAGCUUGGACAGCCUGUUGACAAUGUUUUUCAAACACGCUAUGGAUCACUAAAAGUGAUGAAUCUCAUUGGAGUGAAGUUUGGAUCCAAGGUGAGCUUGUCCAAAGGCUGGGCUCAUGUGCUUUACCCAACUCCUGAAUUAUGGACAGUGACACUGCCACAUCGUACACAGAUCCUCUACACACCUGACAUAUCCAUGGUAGUGACACAAUUGGAGAUUGGUCCAGGAUCAGUGGUGUGUGAGGCUGGUACAGGAAGUGGAUCUCUCUCUCAUGCUUUACUUCGUGCUAUUGGACCAACAGGCAGACUGUACACAUGCGACUUUCAUAAGGAACGAGUUCAGGUAGCUUUGGAUGAGUUCACUCACCAUGGUUUUGGCCAGAGGGUGACUGUGUCCCAUCGUGAUGUCUAUGUUGAAGGAUUGGGAGUAGAAAAUGAGGCUGAUGCAGUGUUUCUAGAUCUACCUAGACCUUGGGAAGCUCUUCCUCAUGCAGUUUCUUCAAUCAAGGCUUCAGGUGGUAGAAUCUGUUCCUUCUCACCUUGUAUUGAGCAGGUCAGUCGAGCAUGUGAGCUUAUGGCUUCAAUUGGUCUGCAAGAAAUUACAACUCUGGAGUGUUUGGCAAGAGAAUUUCAGGUGAAAUACAUCUCUUUACCAGUCUUAUCAAAUAGGAAAGAGGCACCUGAAAAUCUGCAGAAAAAUGUGUUGGAAGAAGACCUGCUAGAAUCACAUAAAAAGAGAAAAUUUGAAGAUAAGCCCCUUGAGAAAAGUGAUAUUUGUGAGGAUAACUGCCAAACAAGAAGAACUGAUACAGAAAUUGAAAUAAAACAGGAAAACCCAUCAAGCAGUGCUGGGCAACAGCAAAAUAAUGAUUUUCGAUUUAAGACUGGUGUUACACAGCUGAAAAUGCCAGGGCACACAGGAUUUUUGACCUUUGCAACUGUGCCUCCUGGUCUGAGAAAAGUCACAUUAUUUCCCAAGACUUUGUCUGAAGAUGUUUCUGUUUUAUAAGUUUGAAAGUUUUUUAAAAUUCCUUGGUAUGUUUGUAUUUUUUGUCCAGUUGAAAUUAACUACUAAAGUUUACUAUGUGUA